AUGGCACAACCACAGCAACAUCCUUAUGUUCAGCAUACGCAACCGCCCCCUCCACCAAAGCAUUUGGAAGGACCAGUAGGUUCACCGCAGCACCAAUUUCAAUAUUCCAGUCCAAUGAGUAAUCACUCAGCCCCAUCCUUACAUUUAAAUCGACAGUCUUCUCCCAUGAUGAAUGGCUUUGAUAAUUCAAAAACACCACCACUACCAUCUGCAGCAGCUUCGCCUGCUAGUACGACCCGUGCUAGUUCGGUAAUGAACCUAUCUGUCCAUAGUACAGCAGCGAGCGAUCAGCUCUUGGACCACUCUCAUUUAAAACCUGGCACAAAGGCUUCCUUAUUAUCCUAUAAUCAAACGAUCAAUAUGUACAGAGAGAAUGCUAAAAAGACGAACAGCCCUGAUAUACAAUGUGAUUUUGCGAUUUUCAUGGUAGAAGCAGCUAAGCCGAUAACAGAUGAUGAAGAGACCCGUUGGGAAUAUCUUGCAGAAGCCGAAAAACUCUUAAAGCAGCUGGCUGCUCGUGGUCAUGCUGAAUCACAAUAUUAUUUAGGAAAUUUGUAUGCAUCCGGUUUAUUAAGUAAGAAAGGGAAGAAUGAAUUCGAUAAAGCUUUUCCGUUGUUUGUGCAAGCUACCAAACAUCAUCAUGCUGAUGCAGCUUACAGAGCUGCUAAAUGUUAUGAAGAUGGUUUAGGCUGCAGAAGAGAUUAUGCUAAAGCCGUCCAAUUUUACAGAAAAGCGUCCACUUUAAAUCACCCUGGAGCUAUGUAUAGAUUAGGAGUUGCAGAAGUCAAUGGCGAGCUUGGUAUUUCAAAAAAUCCUCGAGAUGGAGUAAAGUGGCUUAAACGAUCUGCUGAAGCAGCUACAAAAGAAUACCCACACGCUAUACACGAACUAGCUUUAUUACAUGAAAGAGGUAUCACAAACGUCGUCUUUGUCGAUCUACCUUAUGCCGUCUCCCUCUAUGCUCAAGCGGCCGAACUAGGUUAUGCACCCUCCGCCUUUAGAUUGGGAGAAUGUUAUGAAUAUGGUAAACUGGAAUGCAAGCCUGAUCCAGCCCUUUCCAUUCAUUAUUACACAAUAGCUGCUCAGCAAGGGCAUCGAGAAGCCUGUUUCGCGUUAACAGCAUGGUAUUUAGUGGGAUCACCUCAGGUGUUACCCCAAUCAGAUGAAGAUGCCUAUUUAUGGGCUCGACGUGCUGCAGAGAAAGAAUUACCAAAAGCAGAAUACGCUAUUGGAUACUUUACUGAAGUAGGCAUUGGCGUAGCCAAGAAUCCAGCAGAGGCAAUGGAAUGGUAUAAAAAAGCAGCAGAACAUGGUGAUAAAAGAGCCAUCCAGCGUUUACAGGGGAAACAUGUAGAACCCAAGUCAAAAAAGAAAGGUGGAUCACAAGAUGACUGUACUAUUAUGUAA